UAACCUUUUCUGUGUCAUAAUAUUUUUAAACAUAAGUCAAAUUGAAAUCCCCAACUAUUUUAAGAUUCAAUUUUACUCCUCUUCUGCAAAAUGAACCAGGUCUGGGUGUUCUUUAAGCUCAUUGAGGUGGUGCUGGGCAGUGUGUGCAUGUUCUUCCACAUGCGUGGCGCAUCCUACUGGCCCGAGCGUAUCCCGCACGUGAUCCUAUACUGCGCCACCUUCGCGUCCUUUACGAUGCUCGCAGCUUUGGGUGCUUUCCGACUGAUGUUGGCCCGGAGCUCGGUGCUCUCCUCGCAACUGCUGCUUACACUGAGCGCGGUGAUAUCGCACUACACCUGUGGCGUGCUGAUAAUGCGUACCGCCAUGCAGGAUCCUCACUUGGCCUCCAUGAACUCCACCAUCGAGUACCUAGAGCAUCCGCACUUCGCGCACUGCAAGCAGCAGAGCAUUGCUGCGCUGAUCACAGGAACCAUGUACUUGAUGCACAUGUUCCACGUGUUCGAUCUACUAAUGCGCAUGGAGCCAGGCGACUGGCGUCGUCAGGCGGUGGGUCGCAGCUUCUUCGAGCAGUCGGACAUUGGAGCCGCCGGGCUCUUCGUGCUCUCCAAGCCGGUGGAUGACUUCUUGUGUCGCUGCUGCAGUUGCUACUUCAAGUUGGCCCACUCACAGCCACUGUACUUCCGGCCGAAUGCGGAGCAAGAGCAGCCGCACAUAGUGGCCCGCAUGUGGGAGCUACUAGGCGAGAUGCGAAAAAAGUUCUUUUCGCUGCAUCAAGUCCAGAGCGAAGAGAGCUUCAUGUCCACUCCGACCAUAACAACCAGUGAAUCGGAAAUCGCACCGGCCGUCACAGAGUACGAGGCCUCGAUUGAGGAGGAGGCCAAAAAACGACCCCGAACAUCCCUCAACUGGCGUGGCACCAGCGAUUCCUCCAGCCUUUGGGCCAAGAUCGAGGACAGAAGCACGCUUAGCUUUAGUUCUAGUCAAAACAGCGAAGCCACAAUGAGACCGAACCAGAUGGAUCGCAAGUUAAGCCGGCGAUCCACCCUUUUGGACACCGAAAAAAGGGAGAAGUCAGAGAUUCUGCUGGUUGAACAGGGUUCGAGCUAUGCUCGCCUCAGGUCCUUAAGCAAUGCUGAAGUGCUUAAUAAGCCAAGACACGAAGGACAGACUGAGGAUCUUGAUGAAAAGUUAGCCAAAGAGUCGAGAAAAUCAGCCCAGGGAAAAGAACUGCAAACUUCUAGUGUCAGGGCUCAUGUAAGAACAGACCCAAGAGCAACUUCCGAAAGUGAGGGUGAAGAUACUCAGCGUACGUCCACAAAGGAAGUGAAAAGGGAAUCUACACUAGCAAAAUGAAAAUCAAACUAUAAAAACCAAAAGCGAAUUAUAUUAAAAUCAGCAAAAAUAUGCUUUGUUAAUAAAAAUCAUUGAACAAUU